AAAGGCAAAAAACUGCAUUCAAAAUUUAAGGAAAGCGAAUGUGAUUUCUGCACUUAUGAUAAAUGGCUUCAAAGAUUCAAAAAAAGAUACGGCAUUUGACUUCUUCAAAUAUCAGGCGAAAAACUGUCUUCGCAGCCUCAGCUAGUGGACCCGUUUAAGCAAAAACUUAAAACUUAAAUGGCCGAAUUGGAGUUGUCUAAUGAUCAGCUAUAUAAUGCUGAUGAGUCCGGCUUAUUCUGGAAACUUCUUCCAGAAAAAACGUACGUGUCCAGUUUGGAAAAGAGAGCCCUAGGCGUAAAGUCAGAGAAGCAGCGAAUCACGUUCUUGUGUUGCUCAAACGCCACUGGAUCUGAUAAACUUAAAAUUUUGGUAAUCGGAAAGGCGAAGAAUCAACGCUGCUUUAAAAACGAUCAGUAUCCCACCGACUACCAAAGCUCAAAAUCAGCCUGGAUGACCUCGACUAUUUUCAAAGAAUGGUUUCAUGCAUCUUUCGUUCAACAGGUGGAAUUGUUUUUAAAAGAGAAAAACUUGCCAAUUAAAGCACUUCUCCUAAUCGACAACGCUCGUUCCCAUCCAGAUGAAGCUGAACUGGCAACAGAAGAUGGGCGAAUUUUCGCAAUGUUCAUGCCACCAAACGUUACUCCCCUCAUUCAACCAAUGGAUAAGGUGGCAAUAAAAAUCACGAAGCUGCACUACAGAAACAGCCUUUUGGCUUCAAUAGCAGCCACGCAAUCUGAUUUGCUCGAGUCGAUGAAGAAAAUAACAUUAAAAAAAGCUAUACAUCUUUUGAAUGCCGCUUGGGGUCGUGUCGGCGAAAAAACCCAAGCUAGGUGCAGGAACAAUAUUUUAAAUUUUGCCGGAAACGAUGGUGAUACUAAAGAUAGUACGUCGUUGGCGGUUUUAAAAGAAAAGUGGGGAGCUGAACUUCGCUCCUUGAUGUGUGAUGUCUAUUAUUAGAAAAACUGAAGACACAAAAAAAGAUGACUGAUUUUUUUAAUAAAAAGUUUUCUCAAGCUUACAUAUCAUAUCUCUUAAACACAAAUUAAUAUGUAA